AUGGGCGUGACCAGGCGGGCCGGUCGCAAGAAAGAUGCCAGCCAACAAGGUGGUGGCGGUCAAGGAGCAUCUCAGUCGCAGCCCAUGAGAGCCGUAUUUGAGAGCACUAGAAAGAAGGAAGUCGGGCUCACAGAUCUCACACUGGUUUCGAAGAUUACAAAUGAGGCCAUCAAUGACAAUCUCAAACUUCGCUUCGACAAUGCUGAGAUAUAUGUGAUCGGAAUUUACACCGAUGAGAAGAAACAAAGCUAUGAGGGGAGGAACAGGCUUGAGGCACCACCUCAUGUUUUUGCAAUCGCAGAGUCAGCAUAUCGCAACAUGCAAGGCUAUCAUCAAAACCAAUGUGUCAUAAUCUCGGGGGAAUCAGGUGCUGGAAAGACUGAAGCCGCGAAACGAUUCAUGGAAUAUAUCGCACGAAGGUCGGCUACACCAGAUUCUGCUGAAGCGUCCGAGGGCAUCAAGGACAAAGUCCUUGCUACGAAUCCUUUGCUGGAAUCUUUCGGCAAUGCCAAGACUCUCAGGAAUAAUAAUUCGUCAAGAUUUGGGAAGUACCUGGAGCUUCAAUUCAAAGAGAUUAUUGUACGCAAACAGACAGAUGCUGAAAGAAAGGCAAAACCUGGGGCUUUCGUCCCAGUGGGAGCUAGCAUCAAUAAUUAUUUGCUUGAAAAAUCACGUGUGGUUGGGCAAACAUUGAAUGAGAGGAACUUCCACAUCUUCUAUCAAUUCACCAAAGCUAUCGCUGCUGGUCACCUGACUGCCAAAUAUUACGGAGACACAUUCAAAAUAGGUGGACCUGAAGACUACGACUACCUCCGAAAAGCCAAUUGCAUGGACGUUGCAGGCGUCGAUGACGUAGCCGAGUUUGAUGAUACUUUGAGAGCGAUGGAGACCAUCAAAAUCGCGGAUUUCGAACAGGAGAACAUCUUUCGCAUGAUUGCCACAAUUCUCUCGAUAGGCAAUGUCACUUUCCAAGAGGAUGAUAGUGGCAAUGCUGCCAUUCCAGAUGCGAACAAGAGUAAACGGGUCGCUGAUCUUUUGAAUGUGGAGCAAAAACAGCUCGAGGAUGCUCUAACAUUCCGGCUCGUUGAGACCAGUCGGGGUGGGCGUAGAGGCUCUGCUUUCAAAGUGCCAUUCAACGUAACCCAGGCAAUCUCUGUCCGAGACGCAUUAGCUAAGGCUAUAUACUUUAAUCUUUUUGAUUGGAUAGUGGCCAAGCUGAACAUUCUAUUGAAAGCCGAAGAAUCGUUCCAGAACACCAUUGGUAUUCUGGAUAUUUAUGGCUUUGAAAUUUUCGAGCGGAAUAGCUUCGAGCAAUUGUGUAUCAAUUACGUCAACGAAAAGCUUCAACAAAUCUUUAUACAGCUUACUUUAAAAGCUGAGCAAGAGGAGUAUGCCCGAGAACAGAUCCAGUGGACUCCAAUCAAGUAUUUCGAUAACAAGAUUGUCUGUGACUUGAUUGAGGAAAAACGUCCGCCGGGCGUAUUCGCAGCAUUGAAUGAUGCGUGUGCCACUGCACACGCCGACCCUGGCGCCGCAGAUCAGACUUUUGCCCAGAGGUCGGCAGCAUUGUCAUCCAAUCCGCAUUUUCAACCAAGACAAGGUCAGUUUGUUAUCAAGCAUUAUGCUGGUGAUGUCAAUUACAGAAUCGAUGGCAUGACCGAUAAGAAUAAGGAUCAGCUAUUGAAGGACGUUGUGAAAUUGUUAGCAACCAGCAAGAAUCAAUUCGUUACAGUCCUAUUUCCGAAUCAAGUCGAUCAGGAUGAUAAGCGUCGCCCACCAACUGCAGGUGACAAGAUCAAAAGUUCGGCAAACGAUCUCGUUGCCACCUUGAUGAAGUCCAGCCCCUCGUACAUUCGAACCAUUAAACCAAACGAGAAUAAAUCACCGUCUGAAUACAAUGCCAUCAACGUCUUGCAUCAAAUCAAGUACUUGGGCCUCCAAGAGAAUGUACGCAUAAGACGAGCAGGGUUUGCGUACAGGCAAACCUUCGAAAGAUUUUUUGCUCGCUUUUUCCCACUUUCAAGAGCUAUUUCCAAUGGCGUAGAUCAGAGAUUGGAGUGGACUAAGGAGUACGGCGAUUCUGCAUGGCUUCACGGAACGAAAGUGAUAUUAUUGGAAACUCGCAUCUCUAAGACGCAGUAUCAACUCGGCACUACGAAAGUGUUCAUAAAGGAUCCAGAGACAAUUUUCGCUUUGGAAGAUCUAAGAGAUCGUCAUUACGUGAAUCUAGUACGACGCCUUCAGAGGGUAUGGCGCAAUUAUCGCGCUUAUCGUAUAGAGGCGGCGAACAGAAUCAAAAGAUGUUGGCGACGAUCACGUGGAGCUGAUGAAUACUCCAAGCUGCGGGACUAUGGGCACCAAUUACUACAGAAUCGUAAAGAGCGCCGUCGAUUCAGCCUUAUCGGCUUGAGAAGAUAUCUCGGGGACUACAUAGGUAUCAACAAUAAGGGAGGCUACGGGGAGCACGUCCGAAAAUCAGCCAGUUUGAGUGGUAACGAGAGUGCAACCUUCUCUUGUCGGUGCGAACUCCUCGUGACCAAAUUUGGUCGGUCCAGCAAACCUGAGCCGCGCAUGUUAGUCCUGACGAGCAAGGCAGUCUAUAUUAUUGUAGUUGCGCUCAUAAAUAAACAACCAACCAUUCAAGCUGAACGGACUAUCCCUAUCGGUGCGAUCAAAUACAUCAGCACAUCAACCUUGAAAGAUGACUGGUUCUCGAUUGGCGUCAGCUCAGCACAAGAAGCAGAUCCAUUGAUCAAUUGUAUCUUCAAAGCCGAAUUCUUCACACAACUCUCUCGAAGCAUUCCUGGCAGUGGGUUCAAUUUAAAAAUUGGCGACUCUAUUGAAUACAACAAAAAGCCAGGAAAGCCCUCGUUCGUUAAAACUAUCAAAGAUCCCAGCGUUGCUCGGGACGACUUCUACAAAAGCGGAACCAUUCAUACUGGACCUGGCGAACCAGCUAAUUCCAGGUCGAAGCCUACUCCAAAGCCAAAGCCGAAAGCAGCCAGACCUAUCACUCAAGGGAAGCUAAUCCGACCUGGCGGGCCUGGAGGCCGGCCGUCCACGUACAAGAGAGAGCCAAAAGCCUCUCGGCCUGUUCCCUCAGCUCCCGCUAGACAGCAGCCAUCUACAAACCCCGUUCCUGCAGCAUCUAGACAAAUACCACAGCCACCUACAGCCCAACGCAGAGUAGUCCCGCAGCCGAUCCCAGUCGCUAAUAACUUCUCUCAUAUUCGCAAUGAUUCUCCACCUCCCGCACCUUCACUACCGCCUCCUCGUGUGGUACCGCUUGUCGAACAAAAGGAAAAGUUCAAAGUGCUCUAUCCCUUUGACGGACAGCCUACCGGCGGACUUACGAUACAAAAAGACAUGAUCGUAGAGCUUCUCAGGAAGGAAACAAACGGCUGGUGGGAAGUCAAAUUAGAAGGUCAAGAAAAGCAGGGAUGGGUCCCAGCAUCAUAUAUCGAACCCUACGAAGAAGCACCAGUCGCACCCCCCGCGCCGCCCCCACCUCCCGUCCGCGUAGUCCCGCCUCCUCCCAAACAACAAACGAACGGUCUGAACGGCAACGCGCAAGCGGCCAAGCCAACACCGCCACCUCCUCCGAAACGACCGGCUGUCAAUAAGAGGAAACCACCAGCGCCGCCGACGCCGCGAGAUAGUGCCGUCAGCAUGGGAACGAGCAAUAGCGGGAGCGGAAGGGCGACACCUGACACGGCAGAUGGGGGUGGGGGGAAGCAGCCUGGCAUGGCAGCUGAUAUCGCGAAGCUGUUGGCGCAGAGGAGCGCGUCGAUGCAAGGGAAGAGGAAUGAUGAUGAUUGGUGA